AUGCAGGUUGCCCAGAAGCUUGUAGGCACUGCAGAACAAAGCAAAAUACCUGUCGUCGUUUUAUGGGAGCAGAAGCACUCUGUAAACAGCGUUUAUUUCUCCGUGUAUGAUGGAACGAAGGAAUACUGGGCUAAACUCGGUCGCGCUGUAGUCACAUUCUUCAAGGACAAAGGACAGCUGAAUUGCGUUUGCUGUAAAACCACCAAAUCUUGCGUACACAAGACUCUUGUCAAAUGGUAUUUGGCACAGGAACACCCAGAGUUGCUGCACAUUAGCUCCAAGGGAAGCGGUUACAUCUGUAGUGAGAAUGAAGGGGUAUCAGUUGGACAUUAUCGUAGCGAGGAACCAACAACAUCGGUCACCUUUGAAACCCGAACCUUACAAGAUUCCGGAAGCAGCUUCUGUAAGACAUACCCACCAUCCGGACAAGGUGCACGUUUAAUGGCCAAUUAUCUAAUGUCCAGGAAGAAAAUACCACCAGAUUUUAAAGUUCCGGAAAAUGCUCAAUUAGGACAUCUAGAAAACCUGUCGCCUAUCGAAACACAUUGUGUAAUGUGUGCAGAUGGAGGAGAACUUGACCAGUAUCUGAAUCAUACAGCCGUAGGAAGGGCUGCCGAUAUCUUAUCAGAAGAUUCCGGCUUACAUUUUCCCGGAGACAAAAUGUUACAGGGAUAUCUGCACUUUGAGGCAAUGUGCGAUCACAAGUACAACUUUACCUGUGACAUCUGUGGCCGUUUUCCAUGUUGCCUGGUGACAGAUGCAAAUAGGAAAUGUGCAUUUCCAUUAGCAUUGUCACAAGUACCAGGGACAGAAACAGCUACAGAUGGAAUCAACAUGGAUGUGUUUUGGAGCCAAACGGUGGAGGCGUCUAUUUUACUUCGAGGUUUUGGAAAAGAAGCAGCCAACGUCGGGCGUGUUACACCUAGUUAUGACAACUGGGCUCCUUUCAUUGGAUUAGCCAGAAAAGAUGAAAAUGCUUUCAACACUGAAGCUGAAAAAUUACGAUCUCUCAGAACCCAUCUUCAAGAUACAGAUUUUGAUACAGGGGAUAAGGAACUGACUGAAGAUUUCCUGAUCCAAAUGUUAUGUGAAAAGAAGGUUCUGGAUGUACGGCACUGGUGUACAAAGAUGGAAGUAGACGCCAAAGGGACCAAAUUAGAGAUGAUCAACAGCUUGAAGGAAAAGUUGAAAAGCAAAUCAACCUUCAACAAGUUAUUUUCAAGCAUAUGGGGCCAUUCUGGUGGAUGGGUAUCAGCGUCCUGCCCCCAUAGAAUAGUGUACGCGUUCAAAGCUAUUCUGAGGCCUGAAAGUGUCAGAGACCAUGUCGACAUAAUUCUAUCUAUGUCAAGACAACCGCCAGUCAUCAUUAGUGACGUAGCCCCAAUGAUGUCACGCCAUGGUAACAAGCGGCGGAAGAACAUGUUCUCGCCCAACGAAGGACGCUUGGGUGAAGCGACUGCAGACAACAUAAAAAAAGCUAAGGAGGGGGUAUUUUCAAAGAGUAUACCUUGCAUGAAGGAAUGGGUGACAGUAGCACCAGUCUCCGACAAUGAUUUGCCAACCUCAAAUGAAACGUUCUGUUUGCUGGAUAGGUUUCAUGAAGGGAAUACAAAAUCAGAUGAGGAACUCCUAAGGCGUAUAACGUUUGUUCCCGAAAUGAAGGGCUCAAUAAAUUCACAAGUUGAAGAGCAGCUGCACAGGGAAAUGAACCGGAACAACUACUUUCUAGAUUCGAUGUCGCCGGGUAACUACAUGUUUGUCCUGCGAUUGCUUCUACAUUUUCACAAUGAACAUACAAACAGGAAAAUGACAGAAGCAAUCAAAGGAAAACUGAACACAGACAUUUCGUAUGGUGAAAUACGUCAUGACAAGUUUGGCCGCCUGCAUCUUUCAGAUUUGGACAAUGCAGCAGAAAAAGAAGAGAAAACAGACCUUUGGACGAGGACUGAAGACGCACAGAAGCACAAGAAAAUAUCGCUCAAAUAUCACAAAGUUACCUUGAAACAACUGCAAGAAGCACUGCAGAAGGCUAGUCCAUCAAACGUGACAACGUUUUGCCAAGGGACAUCAGAACGACUUCUGGCCUCGGUAACCGAACACGGGCUGCGUUUUAGAGGGAGAACUCCCGGAGAUGGCAACUGUUUUUUCCACGCAGUUGUAGAUCAGCUUCAACGCCUCGAUGCCAGAUCAGUGUUUGACCACAGGGGACUAAGGAUGGCAGUAGUUGACAGCCUACGGAGGUAUCCUUAUGAAGGAGGCACACACCUAUCCAAUUUUGUCGAUGUGCAACGGCACAAAACCUGGAACCUUUACUUGGAGGCCAUGUCUACACCGGGUGAAUACGUUGAUCACCUUGUAGUACAGAGAACAUCGCAGUUUCUCAAAAAGGACAUUGCCGUUUUCACAAGUUCCGAAGAUGGAACCGCGUCCGACAGCAAUGUUGUAAUGAUAUGUGGUGGACCAGGAGCGGCUAUUAUGUUAGGUCACUAUCAUGAAGCACAUUAUCAAAGUCUAGAUUUCCAACGUGCUGGACAAGUGGAAUGUUCCACCGCGCAAGCAGAUUCAUCACCAUUGCCGGCGGAGGAUGUGUUUCAAGAUAUCUGUAAUGAUGACAGAAGAUUGGACGAAAUAGUAGUGACGAUAGGUCCCUACCGAAUAUCAAAAUUGGAUAUUCUGACAAUAGCACCAAUACUUCCGAAAGAAACAGAAGACCAGCUGAGAGUGAAAAUUUACAAAGAGACCAGAUGGACUGUGGGCUGGUUAAAUGAUCAGAUAAUAAACGUCUUCUUGUAUGUGCUGUGUCAAAGGUGGGGGAGAAACGCAGCUUUAUCAAGCCAAGUUAUAGAGGGAUGGCAACAUUUCAAGUCCAAAAGGAGACGCCGGGCGCCACUUGUUCAAAAGGAAAAACUCUCGGAAGCAGAGAAAGUGUUUAUACCGAUUCACAGACAUGGAAGCCAUUGGACAUUGCUGGUGUUGGAUGUACAAGCCAAACGAAUGCGCUUCUAUGACCCCUUGAACCGGAGAUUAGACGAAGAAGUGGUCAACACAACAAGGGAGUACAUGGAAUACAGACUUCAGAAUGUACCAGAUGAUGCAAUUGACCUAUCAAACUUCAACGUAGAGGUCAGUCAUGAGUACACCACACAGACGGAUGCUACAAGCUGUGGUGUUUGCAUAUGCAUAUAUGCGUGGAACGAAUGCAGCAAGGACAAGAAGUGUGACCCGAGCAGUUGCCGUUCUUUCAUAGCCAAAGAAAUUUUGAAUGCAGUGAAGGAUGUGGAACCAAAGAAUACAACAAAGGAAAUACGAAGCAAAUACGGACUGCGGGAGCAAGUUCCAGUGAAGAGAUUUUCGGAUUCGUGGUGUGCUGACCAACCUCUGCCAUUGAAACGAAUACGAAGACCUGAAUAUGCGGCAAUGAAGAUCCAAACACAGAAACCGAAUCCUGAGGUGCAGCUUAAAAGCACAAAAUGUGUCGAAAAGACGACAGUGACAAGAAAAGCCAUGCCGGUUCCUGCAGUAGACAUGAAGGAAUAUGGUGACCAACAAGUGAACAUACUUGCUGAUGAUCUCGAGGAGCUGAGGACUGUGGAACGAUCAGAAUUCCGAAAUGUGUUGGAAAAGAUAAUUGAUGAAGAUGUACCCAGGCUGUACCGGUACCCAACAAAUGAUACAGAAGAAGUACCUGAAGAGUUCAGGAGACAUGUGCUUUAUUUUCAACGAAAGAAGCUGGAGAGGAGCAGGGCCAUGUCCCACCUCAAUGCUGUUGGAUAUGCCAUACUGAUGCAGUCCAUGGAGACACAUUUGGUGACGAGGACAAGAGGUCCAAGACUUUAUGACAUCACAAAAAGAAAUCUGAUACUACCCGAUGUUGUACUACAAUUUGGACGUCCAAGGAACGACUAUUUCCUCAAAGUGGUGGAAGAUUUCAUUUUCUACCAUGCCAGAAAGCAUUUCGAAACAAGGCACACAGAUUCAUGACAGAUUGGAUAUGCGCUUAUUUAAGAGAAAGCGUUAUGAGUACAUAAGAGUAUAUCUAUUACAAAAAAUGAGGACCGGGUUGAUAUAAGAGUGAGUGAAAGGUUGAUACUGGAGUGAAUGAGUGAGUGACAUUAAGAAGAUAUGUUGUUUGAAUAUUGAAUAUUUGAUGUUUGUGCUUAGUGGAAGGCCAUAGAAAACUUGUUUAAUAGAAAUUAGCGUAAAGCAAUUGACAAAUUAUCCACUUAUUACAAGGCUGGAUAAGUGAAAGAGAGCUAAAUAUUCCAAUGAACAAAUACGCGAAAUUGCAGCAAAUUAAGAACAUGUAGUGUGCAAUUCAUGGGACUAAAUUAAAUAUAAAAGUCGUGUAUGAACCCUAUUUACUACUAGAUUGUAAUCAAUACAUUAUAAAUAUGGGAACACUGCCCACUUCCUGGAAUGUACAAGCAAAACAACCGAAACUAAACAACACAUUAAAACACAAAUGUUAUUUCAGAAAGUGGUCAUAUGUAACAAGUGUCAUAUUUGGGACAACACUUUCUUAGUAAAGUACAAAUUCUCGCACUUUGUUUGGUUGAGUCCCUAUCUAAUUACCCACUCAGCCACCGAGGCUUACGCAAAAAUGGAAGUACGACAACUGGUAGUCUAGAUCACGUACUUUGUGUACCGUUCUGACAAGUGUAAAUUGGCACAGCU